UGAGACACUCGACGAUAGACAACAUGCAAAAUCUCAACAAAGAAACCGUGUACAGCCUGGUGCAGGUGAAAGGGACUUGGAAGCGCAAAGCCGGUCAUAAUGUCAAGCAAGACACAAAGGGACGAGUUUCAGCUGCCAAAAUUUAUGAAAGCAGCUCCUCCAGCGGCACCACCUGGACAGUGGUCAGCCCCAUCACCUUCACAUAUACAGUGACUCAAACCAAAAAUCUUCUCGACCCCAGCAAUGACACUCUGCUUCUGGGCCACAUCAGAGAUGCCCAACAGCUCGAGUCCAUACGGUCCAGCACCAAACCCAUGAAACGCUUUAUAGUGAUGGAUGAGGUUGUGUACAAUCUCUAUGGUUCCCAGGUCACAGACUAUCUUGAGGCCAGAAACGUCCUGUACAAGAUCCUACCCCUGCCCACUACGGAGGAGAACAAGUGCAUGGAGAUGGUUUUGAAGAUUCUGGAAGAACUCCAUAGGUUUGGUAUUGACCGCCGUACUGAGCCCAUCAUUGCUAUCGGAGGCGGGGUUUGCCUGGACACCGUGGGCCUCGCAGCCUCCCUCUACCGAAGGCGCACGCCAUACAUUCGGGUUCCCACCACGCUUCUGUCUUACAUUGAUGCCAGCGUCGGGGCAAAGACGGGCGUGAACUUUGCGAACUGUAAAAAUAAGCUUGGCACCUACGUAGCACCUGUUGCCGCAUUUCUGGACAGGUCCUUCAUACAGACCAUUCCAAGAAGACACAUAUCUAAUGGUCUUGCAGAAAUGCUAAAGAUGGCUCUUAUGAAGCACAGAGGACUUUUUGAACUUCUGGAAACACAGGGAGAGUUUCUUUUAAACUCCAAGUUCCAAUCCGCUUUGGUGCUGGAAGAAGACCUCAUCGACCCUGCUUCGGUCUCCACACGCAUUGCUAUUGAAACCAUGUUGGAAGAAUUAGCACCCAAUUUAUGGGAGGACGAUCUUGACAGACUUGUCGACUUUGGUCACCUGAUCAGCCCCGAACUAGAGAUGAAAGUUCUUCCAGCCCUAUUGCACGGAGAAGCUGUAAAUAUUGAUAUGUCAUACAUGGUGUAUGUGGCCUGUGAGAUGGGGCUUAUUCGAGAAUCAGAGAAGUUUAGGAUUAUCUGUUGCAUGCUGGGGCUGGAGCUGCCUGUGUGGCAUCAAGACUGUACCUUUGAUCUGGUGCAGAUGUCAUUGUGUUGCAGACUACAACACUCUGGGGGGCUUGUGAGAAUGCCCUUACCAACAGGCCUGGGUAAAGCAGAAAUCUUCAACGACAUCAAUGAAGAAACACUGUUCAGGGCUUAUGAAAAGUGGUGCAAUGAACUCAACUCUGGCUCACCUCAAUGAAACUUUACAAUUUUCUACAACCGGUUUUUCUAAAUACCUAUGUUUACAUAUAGGGCAGCCUGUUCUCUUGGCUUGCGUUUCUAUUUCUUUCUUCUGUAAAGAUUAUGGGCAUUUAAGGGUUAUACAUUAAAGACAACUAGCUUUUUAUUAUUAUAAAUGCACUUUUUAAUGGCUGUACAUCAAUGACAACAUGAAAUAUGAAGAUCUUUCUUGAGCUGUGAUGAAGCCAUUUCAUAUUAUAUUUUAUAUUCAAUAUUUUACAUGAGAAUGUGAAACUAGGUUUUUAGAUUUGUGUUUGAUGUAAUGCAUCCAAGUCAUGUUCAAAAUAAACAUUUCAAAU